GGAGAAUGGAUGAUUUAUUCAAACUUCCACGAAAUUCGAGCAUUGAAGUUAUAUUUUCAGAAGGAAAAAUCCGUAGUGGAGGAGUCGUGUUGGUAAUAUUUCAGCAAAAUCUUUAUGAGUAAUCCAGCCGACUACAACUUCACUGUAUUCGACAUCAUACUACUAUGGCAAGCGUCCUUUCUGUCCGUGCAUUGCCUGUUCAUCGGAAACAGGUUGAAAACCUAUCUGAAGAGUUUGGACGCCUACUCGAUCAGCCAGCGAAACGAGAACCUGAGCAAGGCGGAACUGACGGCCACCGUCAUCGCUUUCGCCAAUCAGCAGAGUACAAACUUCCGCACCUCUUACGGACGGACGGUCGAACUUGACGACUUGCAUCCCCGGACGGAUCACAUAUACAAAACGAGCAAGAAGUGGUGCAUGCUAUUAUCCAUCGUGUCCUGUGUUACAGUUUUGUGUGUCAUCGUACAAAAUAUAUGGUCCGAAAUGGAGGACAAACAAUACACCUCGCCCCUCGUUAGUGUCGCUCAUUAUAUCUCUAAGACAGGUUCGUCUGUAACGUGGAAGACAUUCCUAUCCACCAUAGUUAGUUGCCUUUCACUUCUAUAUAACGUUCUGCCCCACGCUUUAUUCGUGGGUUGUGCCAUACCCCUUAUGGCGUUCAUACAGAACUUCAACGACAGAGCCGAGCUCUCGGCUCAGAACACCCUUAACACGGACAAAGUGAGCGAAGUACAUUACAAGUUGAGAUACUUGAUGAGACUACUCGACGACUGCUUUUCCAGUAUUAUCUUCACCACUAUAGCGGGGGACUUCUGCCAGGUCGUCUUCGGCACAUUUUUGGAAUUGAUGGAUUGUUCCGUGGAAGGUAUGGAUGCGAAGUGCAGUCGAUACUUUGCAAGGCACAUUAUGCUAAUACUGCGCUUAUGUUUGACAGUAGGGAUGUGUGUAUCCCUACAGGAGAAGAUCCAGGGCCUGCUACCGACCAUGGAGGAAUAUUCUUCUAAAUCGUUACUCAAUACCGAAAAAUUAAAGCUUUUAACAUUGAUCCAGUCGCUGCCUUCCUGUGGAAUUAGCGCUUCUUCGUUUUUUCUUAUAACGCGCGGUUUUGCCGUAAAGAUGGCGGCCGCUUGUUUGGCUUACGGAGUUUUGAUAUGGAAACUGUCCCAGCGUUAAUUUGGGGUACGGAGGAAGAUGGAGUUGUGUAAUAAAGAACAAAUGUGAUAAAUAAAACUUUUUAACACGAAAUUAAAAGUAUUUUGUAUGUUAAAAAUUAGUUACGAAGCUAUACAGGCCGCCCCAAAUGUCGGUUAACCGAGAUGCAUUAUUUUUUUUUAAAGCUAAAUUCUAUGUCGGAAUAGCAUACACGCAGCUGUUUUUAACCGUUGUCGGAGAAAAAUGCCGCGGUUAACCGACUUUUGCGACACUGAAUAACAUUCUGAAAAAACAAAUGCGUUUACAAUUACGGUUACAAUAUCGAAGGAGGGGUUUUAUUACAUCAAAACCGGUAUUUCGGUGAAUCUCUCAAGACUGGAGUACCGGUAUUGAAACCUGUAUUUGGAUCCAUAGUGCGGGGAUUGGGUUGUUGGGUAAUUUAUCAAGGAGGGUGCCUUGAUUUUACUUGUAAACAAGUAAAAUCAUCAUUAGCAUUCAUAAUGUUCUAUAAAACCCACCCCUACCCUCAAAAUUAAGAUUUUUGCUAUUUUGUAAUAGUUAUGAUGAUAUAGUUUUUUAAAUAAAAUAACAGAUGGCGCCACCUAAUGUUACCUGGAAAGUUAAACAACUCGUUGCUGGAUUUUUAUAUUAGCAAGCAAAAUACUGAAAGACCAGUAUCAGUAUAGCACUGCCGGUAUUUCAAUUUUGGGAAUUCGAGCUGAAAACCAGUGUAAUAACCGAUAUUGCAAUCCGUAGUCAUACACC